AUGACUGGAAAUGAGGCACUGACAUGGAGAAAGGGAGAAAGAAGUUGGGCAAUCAAACUGCAAAUACUUCUUGCUGUUAACACCAUACACGAGGAACGUAUAGUACACUCAGACCUGAAGCCAGCUAAUUUUCUUCUUGUCCGAGGUUCGCUAAAGCUGAUUGAUUUUGGCAUUGCAAAAGCUAUAAUGAGUGAUACAACUAAUAUUCAACGGGAUUCACAGGUGGGUACACUGAGUUACAUGUCUCCGGAAGCAUUCAUGUGCAAUGAGACAGAUGCAAAUGGAAACACCAUAAAGUGUGGACGUCCAUCGGACAUCUGGUCACUUGGUUGCAUCCUUUAUCAAAUGGUGUAUGGAAGAACACCUUUUUCAGAAUACAAGACCUUCUGGGCAAAGUUCAAAGUCAUAACCGACCGAAACCAUGAAAUUAUUUAUGAACCAGUUUCCAAUCCAUGGCUUCUUGAUCUUAUGAAGAAGUGUCUUGCAUGGGAGCGGACUGAAAGAUGGAGGAUUCCUCAGCUACUUCAACACCCUUUUCUUGUUCCUCCAAUCCCAAGUCAAUUAUCUUUCCCUCAUGACCAGAGCUGUAAACUGCUUCAGGUAAUUGCUGAAUCUUGUUCAGCUGAUCAAAAAGCUUUGAAGCUAUGUUCUCAGCUGCAACAAUUACUAAAGGAUCCAAGACCGGGAGGAACAUCUCACGUAUCAAUAUCACAAGAUGAACAACGUAAGUUGCUUUGUGAAAUAUCAAACCUUUGCUUUCAACUCCAGGAACAAUUAUCAAACUUUGAGAGGGAUUAGAUAACUGAUAUUAACACACCAGCAUCGGCAGGCUUGUGUCUUUUAGAUUUGGGCGGAUUUGGUGCUUGGCAAUUCGCCAAGCAGCUUCUUCAAUCCUGUUUGUAGAAUUUUUGUAUGAUUUAUCGUGUUAUGUUGAAAAGGAAAGGACUGUAGCAAGUGGCUGGUGCAUUUAAUCUAGCACUUAUGUCGUGGCUGCAUGAGGUUCCUGUAAUCUCUUCAACUGAUGUAUAUACAUCGUUGAGUUCUGGAAAAUCAAUGUAAAAAUUGGCCUGUGUGAAUAAAUACCAAGUCCAUUCUGUUCUGAUU